ACUUGGGCUGUAAGCAACUACUUUUGGGAAGAGGACCAGUGCAGCUGCAGUUGCAACCCAAGGUCUCGGCCACACCUGAAGGUGGAAUAUCGGUGGGCCAGCGACCCUCAGAUACCUCAAGACAGAUGAGGAAACUGAGGCUUGGUGAAGUUACGAAACUUGUCCAAAGUCACACAGCUUGUAAGGGCCCAACCAAGCAAGACUCAGAGCCAGGAUUGUUAUUGGGGCUUGGUGCCAGCACUAGGAAGCCACUGCUCCCAGCAGCCAUUUUUCCUGCUUCACCACAUGAAGUGUACCCCUACAGGUUGUAAAAAUUAAAAUGAACAAGUUACGACAGAGUUUUAGGAGAAAGAAAGAUGUUUAUGUUCCAGAAGCCAGUCGGCCUCACCAGUGGCAGACAGAUGAAGAUGGGGUUCGUACUGGAAAAUGUAGCUUCCCUGUUAAGUACCUUGGCCACGUUGAAGUUGAUGAGUCAAGAGGCAUGCACAUCUGUGAAGAUGCUGUAAAAAGAUUGAAAGCUGAAAGGAAGUUCUUCAAAGGCUUCUUUGGAAAAACUGGAAAGAAAGCUGUUAAGGCAGUCCUGUGGGUAUCAGCAGAUGGACUCAGAGUUGUGGAUGAAAAAACCAAGGACCUCAUAGUUGACCAGACAAUAGAAAAGGUGUCUUUCUGUGCCCCAGACAGGAACUUUGAUAGAGCCUUCUCCUACAUAUGUCGUGACGGCACCACUCGGCGCUGGAUCUGCCAUUGCUUCAUGGCCGUGAAGGACACGGGUGAAAGACUAAGCCAUGCAGUAGGCUGUGCUUUUGCAGCCUGUUUGGAACGCAAGCAGAAGCGAGAGAAAGAAUGUGGAGUGACAGCUACUUUUGAUGCCAGUCGAACCACUUUUACAAGAGAAGGGUCGUUCCGCGUCACCACAGCCACCGAGCAAGCAGAAAGAGAGGAGAUCAUGAAGCAAAUGCAAGAUGCCAAGAAAGGUGAAACAGAUAAGACAGCCGUUGGUUCAUCAGUGACCCCUGGCAACACUGUGCCCUCCCCAUCUUCCCCCACGUCGCCCACUCUGGAUGCCGCGGCCUCUCUGGAGACGAACAACCCUCAUGCCAUCCCACGCCGACACGCACCCAUAGAACAGCUUGCUCGCCAAGGCUCUUUCCGGGGAUUUCCUGCUCUUAGCCAGAAGAUGUCACCCUUCAAACGCCAACUCUCCUUACGCAUCAAUGAGUUGCCUUCCACAAUGCAAAGGAAGACUGAUUUCCCCAUAAAAAAUGCAGUGCCAGAAGUAGAAGGGGAAGCAGAGAGCAUCAGCUCCCUGUGCUCACAGAUCACCAACGCCUUCAGCACCCCCUCUGAGGAUCCCUUCUCAUCUGCCCCGAUGACCAAACCAGUAACGACGGUUGCUCCACAGUCUCCUGCCUUCCAAGCUAAUGGCACUGACCCAGCCUUCCAUGUGCUUGCUGCUAAGCCAGCCCAUACUGCUCUCGCACCCGUAGCAAUGCCUGUGCGUGAAACCAACCCUUGGGCCCAUGCCCCUGACGCUGCUAACAAGGAAGUUGCAGCCACACGUUCGGGAACCGAGUGGGGUCCGUCUUCUGGUGCUGCUUCUCCAGGUCCCUUCCAGGCUGGCCACAGGCGCACUCCGUCCGAGGCCGACCGCUGGUUAGAAGAGGUGUCCAAGAGUGUCCGGGCCCAGCAGCCCCCGGCCCCAGCUGCGCCACUGCAGCCCAUGCACCAGCCGCACCUGCCCGCUGCCGUGCCCCAGCCGGUGCCGCCCUUCCAGGGGGGUGCAUUCCUCGGCUCCCCGCCGCUGCCGGUGGGUUUGGUCCCGCCGCUGCCGCCAGCUUUUGUCCCUGCCCAGCCCUACCCUGUGGCCAACGGCAUGCCCUACCCAGCCCCCAGUGUGCCAGUGGUGGGCAUCACUCCAUCCCAGAUGGUAGCCAAUGUGUUCGGCACUGCAGGCCACGCUCAGGUUGCCCACCCCCACCAGUCUCCCAGCCUGGUCAAGCAGCAGACGUUCCCGCAGUAUGAGCCAAGCGGUGCUGCCGCCAGCCCUUUCUUUAAGCCUCCUGCUCAGCACCUCAAUGGGUCUGCGGCCUUCAACGGUGUAGACGAGGGCAGGCUGACCGUAGGAGACGAGCACACAGAGGCGCCCGGAGGCGCCUGCCCGGUGGAUCCUUUCGAAGCCCAGUGGGCUGCGCUCGAGAGCAAGUCCAAGCAGCGCUCUAACCCCUCCCCCACCAACCCCUUCUCCAGCGACUUACAGAAGACAUUUGAGAUCGAACUUUAAGCAGUCCCUCCGCCUUCUGUAUUUUGUCUGUGCUUGGGCAAGGGUGGGGGUGGAGGUUAAAGGAGCAAGAGGAACUUUCGUGUUCCUGGGAUGCGUACACUUGUUACUAAUCCCAAAGGUCCCAAGGGGCAUAUGCAGGGCAGGGGCAGGAGGAGAGAAAACCAUUCCUAAAGAGGACAGGGACGUCAAGGCGGUGCUGCUACACGCCCGCCCUCAGCUCCUUGUAGACCCCGGCAACAGGCAGACUUCUCUGGACAGGAACCUGUGUCUGAAGCACAUUUACUGGAAUAAAAAACACAGCGGAAAGCCAGCUGGGCCCUAGUGUGCAGGCCUCUCGGCGACCUGACUCACAUCAAGGAUGGGCCUGAGCUUGGGCUGGGGACAGGUGGCUCUGCGGCCAGGCGUCCCUCCAGGGCACGGCAGCAGCCACCCCGCAGAGCUAUAUUUUGGGGUAAAGUUGAGCUUCCAUUUUGAGUAACAGAAUAAAUAUUAUAAAUAUAUAUAUAUAUAUAUCAGAAAGCCAAAAUCUUUAUUUUUAUGCAUUUAGAAUAUUUUAAAUAGUUAUCAAUAUUAAAAAGUUGUAUGAGUUGUAAGUAAUCUUGCCAAAGGUAAAAGGGUUAGCUGUAAGAAAUUGUGCAUAAGAUGAUCUACCACUGACACCUAGUGGAGAGGGCAGGGCAGGGCAGAGGAUCCAGUGUGUGUCCACUGUGAUCCUGCACCGCAGCAGCAAUCAUGCUUAGGACCAAGACAGUCACCAGGUCGUGCUUUUAAAUAAAGGAGGUGGAAGAACAGUAUUGUGCUGGAGGAAAUGCUAAUACCAAUAGGUGAACAGAAUCAAGCUAAACACACUCGAUAAAAAUCCGUAUUUUUCUUUUCUAUAUUGCUACUAUUUCCUUAUGUUAAUCCUUUAACACCGAGGUGAUCCAUUGGUGGGAAUACAGUUUACUGUGUUGGUUUGUCACGUGGGUCUUGGACGGUUUUGUUUUGUCUUUUGUUCCCGAGUUUUGUGGGGAUGGAAAUUCAGGUUUUAUUAGUGCUGUGUGUAUGUGUCCCCUCUCCUGUGGUGAGCAAAACAGCCACCUGACCUCCGGUAACAACGUGAGAACCAUCUCAUCUUCACUUUUGAACGCUGGCCUUACAAUCAAAUGUAAAAAAUAUAUAUAUAUAUAUAUAUAUAUUAUAUAUAUAUACAUAUUUGUACUGAUAAGAAUUUAUAAACUGCUUUAACAAAAAAAAUAAAUGUUCGUGGUAGAAGCCUUUGCCCACGAAGGGGCUAUCCUUUCCCUUUUUCUUCACUAGCCAAAUGAGCUCACUUGUUGUUCGUUGGAGUUUUUAGCCUUGGUCUCUCCACUGUUGCUGCUAGGUCUAGUUUUAUGACUAGAAAAUUGUAUUGCAAAAAGUCAAUUAAAAAUGUUGAAUUGUC